AUGACCUCAAUACACAACGUCAGCAAAGUCAACAACUACAACAACAACUACAACAAAAAUAUCAACAACAACAUCAACAACUACAACAAUAUCAACAACUACAACAACUACAUCAACAUAAACAACUACAACAACAUCAAGAGCAACAACAGCAUUGCUAUUUAUACCUCUCGAAUAAGAUCUGACUUCAAGAACGAAAUUAUUGUAAGUAGCAGCAACUACAACGACGACGACGACAACAACAUCAACAACAACAACAUCAACAACAACAGCAUCAACAACAACAUCGACAAUAUCAACAACGUCAAUAUCAACAACAACAACAAAAACGACAUCAACAAAACUUAG